UUUUUCUUUUAACAGCAAAUUUACUUCUAAUUUCACUUAUUUGUCAAUAUGAGUAAACAGAGCACAGAGACAAACAGGAAAGUCAGCAGCAGUGGAUCAUUCCGAUCGAUUUUCAUGCAUGCCGAUGGUGUCGACAUGUUUCUGAUGACCCUUGGGAUUUUUGGUGCAGUCGGCGAUGGAAUUUUAAUGCCGACUAUAUUACUUGUCACCAGCAGCAUCAUGAACAAUAUUGGAGACUCUUCCUCUUUAUCCGAUGGUAUAUUCACAGACAAAAUCAGCGAGAAUACUGUAUAUCUUUGUUACAUGGCUACUGGAAUUUGGUUUGUAUGUUUUUUUGAGGGGUAUUGCUGGACAAGAACAGCAGAGAGGCAAGCAUCAAGAUUGAGGUCGGAUUAUUUGAAAGCAGUUUUAAGGCAAGAAGUGGCGUAUUUCGACUUGAAUGUUACAAGCACAGCAGAGAUCAUUACAAGUGUUUCCAGUGAUAGUCUCGUAAUUCAAGAAGUCAUCAGCGAAAAGGUGCCGGUGUUCUUGAUGAAUAUGUCAACUUUUUGUGGGUCAUAUGUUGUAGCAUUUAUAUUACAAUGGAGGCUGGCGAUAGUUGGGUUUCCAUUUGUUAUAAUUUUAGUUAUACCUGGUCUGAUUUAUGGAAGGGUUCUGAUGAAUUUAUCAAGAAAGAUGAGAGAGGAGCAUAAUAAGGCUGGUAUGGUGGCGGAACAGGCGAUUUCUUCCGUGAGGACUGUUUAUUCAUUUGUUGGUGAAAACAAGACGUUAACCAAGUACUCAGCUGCUCUUCAGGGCUCGGUGAAGUUAGGGUUAAAGCAGGGUUUGGCUAAAGGAAUAACAAUUGGCUGCAAUGGUCUUGGUUAUGGCGUCUGGUCUUUCUUGUGUUGGUAUGGUAGUAGGAUGGUGAUGUACCAUGGAGCUAGCGGAGGAACUGUGUUUGCUGUUGGAGCUGCCCUCGUCAGCGGUGGACUAGCAUUGGGUUCUGGAUGGUUGAACGUGAAGUACUUUUCCGAUGCGAUGGCUGCCAGCGAACGUAUAAGAGAAGUGAUCAAAAUAGUUCCGGAGAUUGAUUCAGACAACAUGGAAGGUCAGAUAUUACAAGAAGUAUACGGGGAAGUGGACUUCAAGAACGUAAAGUUUGCGUACCCAUCAAGGCCGGAAUCGGUGAUAUUCAAAGACUUUAACUUAAAAGUUCCGGCAGGGAAGACGGUGGCGUUGGUAGGUGGGAGUGGAUCUGGUAAAUCGACUGUGAUUGCGUUGUUGCAGAGGUUUUAUGAUCCUCAAGGAGGAGAGAUUUGUGUUGACGGGGUAAAGAUUGAUAAGCUUCAACUAAAAUGGUUAAGAUCGCAGAUGGGUUUGGUGAGUCAGGAGCCUGCUCUAUUCUCGAUGACAGUAAGAGAGAAUAUACUAUUCGGCAAGGAAGAUGCCGCCAUGGAUGAAGUGAUUGAAGCUGCCAAAGCUUCAAAUGCUCAUAACUUCAUCUCUCAGUUGCCUCAGGCUUAUGACACUCAGGUUGGUGAAAGGGGAGUUCAGAUGUCAGGUGGACAAAAACAAAGAAUCGCAAUUGCACGUGCAAUAAUCAAGUCCCCACGUAUCCUUCUUUUAGACGAGGCAACAAGUGCACUCGACACGGAAUCAGAACGGGUUGUUCAAGAGGCACUUGAUCAAGUGGUGGUUGGUCGGACCACCAUUGUCAUAGCUCACCGCCUCUCCACAAUCAGAAAUGCCGACGUGAUAGUGGUGGUUCAGGAGGGCCGAGUGGUGGAGUCCGGGUCCCACGAUGACCUCAUUCAAAUUGAAGAUGGUUUCUAUACAUCCCUCGUUCGCCUCCAGGAUACUUACCAACGUGGACCUUUAUCAGUUUCCUCAAUAUUCAACAUCCACAAAACAAGCGGUCAUCAGCAGUCUAUGGUGAGCCGGUCAAACUCAGUUAAUCGAGGUGGAAACCAGAACUUUACCUUACAGGGAGAUGAAGGAUCUCCAGUGCCAUCAUUUAAGAGGCUUUUAGUAAUGAAUAUUCCUGAAUGGAAGCAAGCAUUGUUAGGGAGUGUGAGUGCAAUUCUGUUUGGAUCGAUUCAACCCCUUUAUGCUUUCGCAAUGGGGUCAAUAGUAUCUGUGUAUUUCUCGUCAGAUCACAAUGAGAUCAGGCAAAAAACAAUGCUUUAUGCAUUGUGUUUUGCUGGUUUGGCAGUGUUCUUUAUGGUAAUAAACAUCAUUCAGCAUUACAAUUUUGCAGCCAUGGGUGAAUACUUGACCAAGAGGAUCCGGGAAAGAAUUUUGUCAAAGAUACUCACCUUUGAAAUUGGGUGGUUCGAUAAGGAUGGAAAUUCAACCGGAGCCAUUUGUUCAAGGCUCACUACAGAUGCCAAUGUGGUGCGGUCGCUGGUAGGUGAUCGAUGUGUUCUUCUUAUUCAAGCUUUCUCCACGGUGACAAUUGGUUGCACGAUGGGACGAUUUUUGUUAAAGAGCAUGUCGCAAAAAUCCAUGAAAUCACAAGGAGAAAGCAGCAGGCUCGCGGCUGAAGCUGUCUCGAAUCUCCGUACUGUCACUUCCUUUUCAUCUCAAACACGAAUCCUGAAAAUGCUCCAAGAGACCCAAAAAGCACCAAUACGUGAAAGUAGGCGACAAGCUUGGUAUGCUGGAUUGGGGUUGGGGCUAUCUCAGAGCCUUAUCGUUUGUACCUGGGCUCUAGACUACUGGUAUGGUGGGAAGUUGAUUAGGGAUGGUCAUCUUGGUGCAAAAGCAUUUUUCCAGACCUUUAUGAUCAUAGUAGGUAUUGGCAGGACCAUUGCGGAUGCAGGGACCAUGACAAAUGAUUUAGCCAAAGGGUCUGAUGCAGUGCAGUCUGUGUUCUCGGUUUUGGACCGUCACACCUUGAUAGAGCCCGAGGACGCUGCUGGUAAAAAGCCCGAUAUCAUUACAGGCCACGUAGAGAUAUGCGAUGUGGAUUUCGCGUACCCUGCUCGGCCUGACGUCAUGAUCUUUAAAGGAUUCUCAAUUGAUAUUGAAGCCGGGAAAUCAACUGCAUUGGUGGGACAAAGUGGGUCCGGGAAAUCAACCAUUAUCGGGCUUAUCGAACGUUUUUACGACCCAAUGAAAGGGGUUGUGAAAGUCGAUGGAAGAGAUAUAAGGUCAUACCAUUUGAGAGCUUUGAGGAAAUAUAUCGCACUUGUGAGCCAAGAGCCCGUGUUAUUUGCUGGUACCAUACGUGAAAACAUCAUAUACGGGGCUUUCGGGGAAGUCGGUGAAUCAGAGAUCAUGGAGGCUGCCAAAGCAGCCAAUGUUCAUGAUUUCAUAGCAGUUUUGAAAGACGGGUACAAUACGGCGUGUGGCGAUCGAGGGGUACAGCUCUCUGGAGGACAAAAACAACGUGUUGCUAUAGCGCGUGCCAUAGUGAAAAACCCAUCAAUUUUGUUACUUGACGAAGCUACAAGUGCAUUAGAUAGUCAAUCAGAGAAAGUAGUGCAAGAUGCAUUGGAGAGAAUGAUGGUGGGGAGGACUAGUGUGGUGGUGGCCCACCGCUUGAGUACCAUACAAAGCUGUAAUACGAUCGCGGUUUUGGAAGAAGGGAAGGUGGUCGAGAAAGGGAAUCAUAGUUCAUUGCUAGCGAAAGGGCCGACCGGAGCUUACUACUCGUUGGUUAAUCUUCAAAAGCCUAAUUCUAAUAACCAUAUGCUUGACUAAAACUCAGUGAAACCUUUACUUGGAAGAUCACAAGUGUUGAAGUAAAUGGAUUUUGAUGUGUUUUAUGACCUCUAAAGAUGGUUCACACUAUACUGAGAAGGUUUCUUAAGCAGGUCAUAUUAUGAUUCCGACAUAGUUGGUAAAUUUGUAACCAGUGAAUACGUCAAAUAAGCCUAGUUAACCUUAUAAUAAUCAAUUGUUAGUGUUAGUUUGACUCCUGAACAGUGUUCUUAGCUAACCUGCCACCAGGAAUCAACUUCAACCAAGGAGCACUCAAUGAACAUGUGCGCUGAUACCGAAAUGAAUAUGAAAUAGUUCAUUCAUGUUGUAAUUAGUGAACAUGUCAGAUAAUCCAUAAUCCACAUUGACCC